UAAUUCCGAUCUUAUCUCAUCUCUCAUCAUUGCUGCUAUGCUCAUUUCAUUUCUUGCUCAAUAAAUUCAAUAACUCAGAUAAUAUCCGAUCCCAAACUCAGAUAACUCCAGCUCUUCUUCAACCUAAGUUCCAGAAACACUUUAGGGAAGUUUAAUAUAAUGGCUUUUGAUGCUGUAACCACUCUAAUCAAAAUAGUAGAGCAAGACCUUGUGGAUCCCACACUACUUUUGAUUUUUGAUGCCGGAGGAAUGAAGGUGUCGCUGCUUAAAACGAUCGAGUUUCUGUCUGCAAAGCUCUGCAUUCUGCAAACCUUUUUGGAGGAAUGUGACACCAAAAUGAAUGACGGGGACACCAGGUGUAUAACUACUAUUUCAUUUCUGCAUGACGCAAUCCGAUCUAGAAUUUCUAGUAGUUAUUACGAAAAUGAAAUAGAAUAUAAACUGAGACGAGUAUAUUUGGCAGCAAACGUGAAAGGGUAUGUAUUUGAGGCUACUCAGGCUAGUGAAGAACUUCAUCAGACCUUGAAACAUGUGGUAAGAGAUAUUGAGCAUGUUGAAGAAUGGAUCCUGGCGGGCAAAAAAAGAACUGCUUUAGACCCUGAGAAAGAGAACAUUACUGUUUGGGAUACCUACCAAAAUGCUUUAGUGCCUGAGAAUGAAGUAACUAUAACUAUGGGAUUCAACAGUGAUAUAGAGAUGAUAAUUAACCGGCUCUGUUAUUCACACUUGAUGAGAUCAGUUUUCACCAUUUUGAGGAAUAGAAACAUUCACAAGUUUCGGAAAUAUGUUGAAAACCUAGAGCUUAAACUACAAGUUAUCCCACUCGUCGGGGAAGGGGGCAUUGGAAAAACUACAUUAGCCAAAAGAGUCUAUGGACAUCCAAUUACUAUUGCUAGCUUUGACAUUCGAGCAUGGGUAGUUGUGUCUCAGGUUCAAAACCUUAAGGAGAUGUUCAUUGGUCUAUUACAUUGUAUUUCACCAAUAACAAGUGAAAUUUACAACCUAGACAAUGCUCAAAUAGCUGAGCAAUUAUGCAGAAGUUUGAUGGGCAAGAAGUAUGUAAUUUUAUUAGAUGAUAUAUGGACCACUGCAGCGUGGGAUGCCAUCCAAGGAUGUUUUCCAAAUAAUUAUAAUGGAAGCCGAAUCUUAGUAACUACUCGGUUCGAAGAGGUGGCUAAAUACUUAAGUGGAAAUCCCUACAAUGUGCAUCAUCAAACUCCAGAGGAUUGUAUGCAAUUAUUUUCAAGAAAGGUGUUUGGGCGAAGACAUUCUAUUCCCUGGGGAUAUGGGUUACUUGGGAAACGCAUUGUUAGUGGUUGCGGUGGAUUACCGCUAGCAGUUGUUCUGAUUGCCGGACUUUUGGCUACAACAAAGUCUCUAGAAAUAUGGAGAUAUGGAGUUGAUAAAAAUGAUAAUAACAACAGAAUUUCAAAAAUUCUUUUAUUGAGCUACAACUACUUACCUCGUCACUUGAAAGAUUGCUUUCAUUAUUUUGGUGUGUUUCCUGAAGACAAUGUCAUUCUUGUUAAGAGAUUAAUCAACUUAUGGGUUGCAGAGGGAUUUUUAAUGCCACAUAAAAAUAUGAGUUUGGAAGAAGUGGGAGAGAGUUACUUGCAUGAUCUCAUUAAUAGAAGUCUUGUUCAAAUUAAUGAGCUAAGUAUUGAUGGCAAAGUUAAAUCAUGUAAGCUUCAUGAUAAAGUGCAUGAGCUAUGUGUGAGAGAAACAAUAAAGGGUAAUACUUUGUGCAUUAUCAAUGACGAUCAUACUCCAAAAGCUAGUUGUUGGUUAAGCUGUCAAACAAGUCAUUGGCCGAUCACUCAAGCGAGUUAUGGGAAUUGCAUUUUAGAUAAAAUCCAUUCCAUUAUCUGCUUUGGUAAAGAUGUAUACCAUUCAAAAUGCAGGUUGGUAUACCCUUGUUUGAAAUUGCUAAGAGUAUUGGAUUUAUCAUUAGUUAAGUGGUCAAGAGGCAUGCCUAGCGAAAUAACAGACUUGGUUCAUUUGAGAUACUUGGCUUUAAGUACCAUUGGUUCUCUUUACGAGUUUCGAUUUUUCAAGCUUAAGAAUUUGGUAACUCUCAUAGUAACUUCAUGGAUGGAAAAAUGUCUUUUGCAACUGCCAUGUGAUAUUUUGGAUUUGCCACAAUUGAGGCAUUUCCAUGUUGACAAGAGAUGUUAACAGUAUCUCCCUUGCUUCGUCAAAAAAGAUCUACAAACUCUUUGUUGGUUGAAAGUUGCUAGCUUCGACGAAAAACCAAACUUCAGAAUGGUUCCAAACCUAAGGAAACUUGGGAUUUUCAUUGAAGGCCAAGUGACGCCUAACUAUCUAGGGAGCCUUGUGUAUUUACAUGUACUUGAGAAGUUGAAGUUUGAAGUAGGAAGAGUUGAGUGCUUUUAUCUACCAACAGGUUUUCCACCAAACCUUAAGAUGUUAACACUUUGAUAUACUUAUCUUCCAUGGAAGGAGAUAGACACAAUUGGUGAGUUGUCGCACCUUGAGGCGCUUAAACUAAAAGAUUUUGCCUUCUGUGGUUCAGAGUGGAAACCAUCAAAGCUGUGCUUUCGCAAAUUAAAGGCACUUCUUAUUUCACGUUCAGAUCUCAAACAUUGGCAUGCAAGUUCUAAUCAUUUCCCAGUUUUGGAGCACCUAGUCUUGAGAUAUUGUUGGGAAUUGGAACAAGUUCCACUGGAGUUUGCAAAAAUUGGAACAUUGAAGUUAAUUGUGUUAGAAUGUUGCUAUUCUUCUCUUGUGACCUCUGCAAAGCAUAUUUCUUCUGCAAAGAUGUUAUUGUUUAAGGGAACAGCAGUUUGUCCACUUUGUGUUCGUAAAGUUGGAACUAAGGUUGAAUUGCCAAAUAAUGAAAGCUCUGAAGAAGAAAUUGUGGGAAGCUUGAAGAAGAAAGUGUGGAAAGCUCUAAAGAAGAAAGCGUGGGAAUUUUUGAAGAGUUAAGUGUUGGAAGCUCUCAUCAAGAAAGGUUGAAAGCUCGGAAGAGAGUGAUGAAAACUCUGAAGAAGAAGGUGUCGAAAUCCCUGGCUAAGGAAUUCCAAGGAAUGUGUGUAUUAUAUAUGUAUAUACCUAUGCAACUUAGCUUGUGGUUAAACUGCAUAGUAUCUUUUGCAAUUGCCUAUUACUUUCUUGUUUUAGUUAAAGAGAUCAUUCCAACUUUAACUCAUCAACUAGCUAUUUAAAUUCAUUUGUACUUCCAAUCAUCAACUUCAAAAUCAAUCAAAAUUUGGUACUUGAGUUUUUAAAA